AUGGACGCCAACCCUGAGACCAUUCAGCCUGCGGACUGGCAAGCCGGCCAAGCAGUCCCCGUCUUCCUCAUGCACGAUGGCGGUGGUACUACAUUCUCCUACCAUUGCCUGGAAUCUCUUCGUCGUCCCGUCUACGGUAUCUAUAACCCCAGCUUCCACAGUGGCGAACCUUUCGAAGGUGAGCUUAGUGACAUGGCCCGCCUCUACUGCGACUUCAUCAAGAAGGCUAUCGACGAACCCGACUUCCCUAAGCGACUCAAUGCAGAGGGAAAGGUCCGACUCCUUCUCGGAGGAUGGAGCAUGGGUGGUCAUUUGAGUCUCGAAAUUGCAAAGCAACUCGACACCGACAACGCCAACAUCGAAGUCAUCGGCAUUCUCAUGGUCGACACAAUCUACCCACAAAGGUUCUCAAGCGCAAAUCGCAAAAGACCAGGCGAGGGUUCGAAGGAGAGGAACAAGAACCAGAUUCUCGCCGACAUUGCCAUGGCUGAUGCGCGACGCAAAAUCCAAGCAUGGGAUGCCCCAGUCUGGGACGGAGCCAUACCUCGACCCCGAUGCCAUCUCCUCCGAGCCAGGAAGCCGGUGCCUAUGGAAGGCGAUGGACCUGAUCUGGUGGACAUGAGCCGCAGCGAGCGACACCUUGGAUGGGAUGCAUAUGACAAGAGUCUGUUCGCUGAGGUAGAGGACAUUGAUGGGCACCACUACGAGGUUUUUUCAUUUGAGUAUCUCUCGGACAUUUCCAAGACCAUCAAGGAGUCACUGGACAAGCUAGAGUAUUUUGCGCUUCAAGGUUGA